AUGGCUGAUUCCACUUCCAUCAAUGCUUCCUCCACUCCUCCGGUGGUUACCUCCGCAGCUCCUCCUUCGGCCCCGCCGGCCAAAUCAGAUUUUCACCCGGCCCUAGCCGUUUCGAAUAUUAGGAAUAACAUUCCUAUUAUUCUUGACGUGGAGACUGACCGCUAUGGCACCUGGGCGGAGCUGUUCCGCAUUCAUGCUCGUUCUCACCGAGUUUUGCAUCACAUUGUCCCUACUGCGGACAAACCACCUCCACCAGUGACUGAUCCUGCCUAUGAGCAGUGGGCCACUUUGGAUGCUACGGUCCUUCAGUGGAUUUAUUCCACCAUCUCUGUUGACCUGAGGACUACUAUCAUGGAGCCUGGCUCCACUGCCUUCACUGCUUGGACGCAUCUAGCGGAUCUGUUUCAGGACAAUCAGAACGCUCGUGCAGUCACCCUCGAGCAGGAGUUCUCUACUGUUCGCAUGGAGGCAUUCCCGACCGUCGCUGCCUACUGCCAGCGUCUGAAGACGCUUUCUGACCAGCUUCGUGAUGUCGGUGCUCCUGUGAACAAUCAUCGUCUGGUUCUGCAGCUCAUCUCCGGCCUCACCGAUGCAUACAGGGGUAUUGCUACUUUGAUCCGUUAG